AUGCUAGAACGUUUUCUGGACAUGUUCAAACUUGCAUCUGCACUGACACUUGAUUCAACAGAUAGUCCGGAGAUGUUAACGGGCCAAGAAAUUGAAGCGAUCAAGAAAAUUGUUCAGCUAUUAAAACCUUUCGAAUUCGUGACUAAAGAAGCUUCUGGACAGAAUUACGUAACAUUAUCUAAAAUUAUACCAAUGGUGAGCUGCCUUAUAUCUGAGGUGCGUAAAUUUUCCACAUCCAUUGAAUGCGUCAUCCAGCUUCAAUCAAAACUCAUGGCAGAGUGUAAUAAAAGAUUUGGUCUUAUCGAGUACAACACAUAUGCAGCUUUCGGUACAAUUCUUGACCCAAGGUUUAAAAAUCUUCACUUCCAAGAUGCCAACGCUUGCGGUAGGGCUAUACAAAAAUUGAAAAGUAUUAUAGAGGUAGAUGUGUCAACAAGCUCAGAAGAGGAAGAAGUAGCCAAGGAUGACUUCGACUUCUGGCAACAGCUCGCCGUCGGUCAAAGAAAAAAAAGGUCUACAAAAGGUGACGAAGUGUCCUUAUAUUUAUCCAGCCCAGUAUCUUGCCUGAAGUCGAACCCAUUAGAAGAAUGGGAGGAGCUAAAAACUGCGUUUCCUUUGUUGUAUAAACAAGCACGAUCAUAUUUACAUAUAGUUGCAACAUCUGUUCCUUGCGAACGAUUGUUUUCGAAAGCAGGAGCAACAAUAACCACGUCAAGAAAUAGGUUGACUGGCAAACAUUUGGAAAAACUUCUAUUCUUGGGAAAAAUCACAAGUGGCUUCUUGUGUUUUCCGAAAGGGCCGGUACUGAACACAAAAAUCGUCAAAGAAGUGUCAUUAGAAGUAAAUGAAGACGAACAAAGAAAAGAAGACGGAAAUGAACGCGAAGACGAUUACAAAGAUGAAAACGAAUACGAAAACGAAGACCAGAAGAAAGACGAAGACGAAAACGGCAACGGAAUUAGAGACCAAGACGAAAACCUAUUACCAUAA